AUUCCCAUAAUAUUUAUUCUUGUAAUAUAACUUUUUUCCCCAACCUAAUUUUCCAAAAUUGGCGACGUCAUUUGUUGUUUUGAUUUUUUUCCAACUUUUGAAAAUAUUUAUUCCAAAUUUCCAAUGUAUGCUUCCAAAAUGACAUGAUUUCCCGAAUAAUAUGAGAAGUAUAUUCUCCUGAUCGUGGUGGCCCUAACCCCUAACCCUAACCCCUAACCCCUAACCAGACACCUGUUACCCUAACCUCACCCUCACCAAUCAUUUCAAUAUCAAUAUGUAAUAUCAAUGUCAAUAUAUUGAUAUUGUCAAUUUGUUCCAGUCCUUCUUACCUGCAGGUGUGCACAAACUACGCUUCCAUCUACAUUUUUAAAAAGUAGGGUGAUGGGUUAUGGGAUUUGGAUGUCAUGUGAUGGUGCAGGUGUCCCUAAUAAAGUGGCAGGUGAGAGGUGAGGAUUGCUUUCUGCCGUGUUUGUUGGACUCAAAUAAGAUUCAGUGAGACGGAAGCUGAUUAAUGGACGAAGCGUAAAAGAGGUUCCAGUGACGGAGGAGUCACCUGGGAGUGUGCCUCCUCCCGAAUAUAAAAGGCUGAGCGCACCAAGUGUGGCUCAUGAGGAAGCUGAAGAAGCCAGAAGGAGGAAGAAGAAGAAGAAGAAGAAGAAGGGUUCCUGGCCAAACAUUCCUUUCAGAAGAAGCACAGAAGGUCCCAGACAGGAUGAAGCAAGCUCACUCUUUGGCUGGACUCCUGCUCCUCGUCGUGGUCCACAGCAGCUGGCAGCUGUCUGCUCGCCGCACAAACGCAAUGCUUUCGAGCGACAACUCCAUCUCCACUGAAGCCCUCCAGCCGUCAAAGAGACAUUCCGAGGGAACGUUUUCCAACGACUACAGUAAAUACCUGGAGACCAGAAGAGCUCAGGAUUUUGUUCAGUGGCUGAAGAACUCCAAGCGAAACGGAAGCCUAUCCAGGCGCCAUGCGGACGGAACCUACACCAGCGACGUCAGCUCCUACCUGCAGGACCAGGCAGCCAAGGAGUUUGUGACCUUGCUGAAGGCCGGCCGAGGAAGACGGCAGUAGAGGGAAACGUGACGCCUGUGUUGACGCCAUGACUCUGCUGUGACAUUAAAGC